AAAAAAUUAAUUUUUAAUUAAAUCUUUUUCAAAAUGAAAACCCAUGUCGAAGUUUCAAGUCAAAGAAGAAAAGGCAGAAGAGCCUAAUUAGGAGCACCAUCAAACAUCAGAUAUAAAUUAAUGAGCGCUCAUCUUUCUAAAGAUUUAAGAAAGAAAUACAAUGUUAGAGCAUUGCCUGUCAGAAAGGAUGAUGAAGUCACUGUUGUUAGGGGUAUAAUUGUAAAUUUGAGCAUAGGCACACAUAAGGGAACAAAGGGUAAAGUUUCAUCAGUUUAUAGAAAGAGAUGGGUUAUUCAAAUUGAGAAACUCACUAGAACAAAAGCUAAUGGUAUGUUAAUAAUUGUUAUUGUAGGAAUGCCAUACUAAAUCCCAAUCAGACCAUCAUAAUGCAUUAUCACAAAACCUUACCUUAAUGAAGACAGAAAAUAAUUGUUAGCAAGAAAGGCAUCAGCCAAAGUAUCAACAAAAGGAAAGGGUGAAAAACACACAACUGAAAGCACUAAGAAAGCUGAUUGAUUUAUUAAAAUAUAGAAGUACAUUAGAAAUAUUCUUUUUUGUUUGCCAC